AUGUCUCACUGGCCUCAUUAUCCUCCGUGUGUGAGUGGCUCUUGCGACAGUCCAUCAUGUUGUGCUCAAGGAGCAAAAUUUAUGUGGAAAGAAUUGAGAGGUAAAAAAGGAGAAAUGGUGAAAAGGACGAUCGAAAAGGAGAAUCCAAAUGUAACAGUUGUGAUCGUACCACAAGGAAUAAUUGGGAUUCCAGAUUUUUGUUGCAACAGAGUCCGUCUCUAUCUAGAUUCCAAUGGCAAUGUUUUCAACAUUCCCCAGAUCGGUUGA